UCUAUAAGGCGUUGUCUUUGUGCGUGUACGGAUAUUCUAGCUUAGAAAUAUUUGCGUUUUGUUGAACCGCUUAGCAUUUUUAUAACUGGAUUAGAACCUAUUCGUGCCUUUGCGCAUAUAGCAGCGUUUUGCAGACAAAUUAAUUUUUAGUUUAGUGUUAGUGUACAUUGUUAGGGUUUACGUAAUUAUAGUGUUAAGUUUUAUUUUUUAAGUAACUUGAUGAUGGAGAUAAAGAACGCUAUUUGCAAUACGGUUAAGAAGGGUCGGUCUCGUAGAAAGAAAGAGAAGCGUAGCCGCAGGAAGCGUAGCCGUUCAGCUAAGGCCAGGCCUAAGAUGGCUACUCAAAUAACAACUAAAAAUAAUAUAAAAUCACCAGUGAAGUGCGCUGUUCAUGCUUUUCUACUACGUUAUCAGAGUGCAUUAAGGAAGGUGCCUUCUCAAUUGCCACCGAAAAUACACGCCGGCCCGCCUUCUAAGAGGGUUAAACGGGUGUCGUGGUGUCAUGACGAAAAUUCGGUCUCGGGAGGCAAUGGUGACCCGGCAGUGUUGGCGAUGGGCCCGGUACGGAAGACGCUGACGUACACACGCGACGAGCUGUUGCGUAUACGCAACUCGCCGCUCGUUAAGCAGGGUCUUGAGAACGCGUUCGCCGGGAAUGAAGUGAUGGCGCUAGUAUUAAAGAGACGAUCAGAUUCACCCCAUGAGGAAGAGAAAGGAGCGAAAGGCGACGCACCCAAUGAAAAUCAUAAGGGUAUCUUUAGUCGUGAGCGUGAUCGCGAGCGGCGUUCGGCCGAUCCGCGUGAGCGCGUGCGUAAAGAGAGUGAGAGCGGUGGGGGGAUAGUGUUGUCGCCUCAACGCCGUUUGUUCACCUCUGGUUGUGGGGCACCGGGAGCACCAGCCGCUCAACCGCCCCCCCAACUGGCUAGAACGCGCCCGGAGUCGCCCUUGUCUGCCACUGCCCCCCAAACUGUGCAGAAGACGGAGCAAGCUGGUCGUCGAAUCGGCUCGGGCAGGAUAAUGGUCCGCGACGUACCAUCAAGUGGUUGGGAGGAGAACGAAUAUCGACCAACAGCGGAGAUCUAUCGUCCGCCCGGCGCGAUGCGCGAGCGUGAACGCGAACGUGAUCGUGAUCGCGACCGUGAGCGUGAUCGUGACCGCGACGACCGGCGUGAUGACCGACGAACCAAUGGUGAUAGGUUCGAGCGACGUUCAUUCGGAAGAGAUUCUUUCUCUUCUGACAUGAAACGGGAGAGAGAUGACAGAUUUAACAACGACAAGCACCGAGACAGGGAGGACAAUCGCAGGUCAGGUGGACGAUACGGUAGGCGGUACGACAAAGAAGAUGAGCCCGAAUGGUUUAGCGGAGGGCCGACAUCUCAGUUGGAGACGAUUGAGUUGCGGGGCUUCGACGAACCUGUUAAGAAGACUAAUGGCAAGGAGAAAGAAAAUGAGAAAUGGAAUAACAACAAUGGGUCUCAAUCGCCCGUGGAGAAGUGGAGAAAGGAAACGUCUUCCCCCAAUCAGACUGAGACGGCAAAUACAACUAGUGAUAAGGAUUCAGGUGUGGAAUCCAAACCCGAGGAGCCGGCUGUCAAUAAUGAUCAACCCGAUUUUAAUUUGGAUGAAUUCCUCCAAUUCGACCAAAUACCCGACGUGCUUACUAACGGUACAGGAGAUACUGAAGAGAGCCGAUUCAGUCGGUGGUUCCGGAGGGAGAGUCCCACGAAUGAUUCGAAGCACUAUGAACGACUUAUGCAUAAUAUGGUUGAUGAUCUCGAUAAUUCAACAAAAAUAGAACCACCUACUAGUACGAUGAAUAUGAGCGGAAUGCCCAUGGGUGGUAUGCUUAAUGGUGUGACCGCUAUGAAUAACUUGCCCAUGGGCGGCUUCAUGGAGCAGCCGUUUAAUCCACCUACCAGCACGCCAUCUUUGUUGGAUCUGUUGAGGGCGAACCCGUAUCCGGAUGAGAGAGCAGAAUUGAAUUCGAACGUAAGCGGUAAGAUUCACAGCUUAGAGGAGCUCGAAGCUCGUCUGCGACCGCAGCCUCCUGCGCAUGCGCAGCCGCCGCCGGCUGACAGAGACUUGUCUGCCUUCAAACGACUCCUAGCGCAAGUAUCAGGCGGUCACGUGGUUCCGGCGGAUCGUGCGCGUGCGCCUCCACCCGCGCAUCAUGCUCACCACAACGCGCCUGCGCAACCCAUGAGCCUUUUGCAGAUGUUGAACAAAAGUUUGGAAAAGCAACAGCAGCAGCAACAGCAACAGCAACAACAGCAGCAGCAGCAGCAGCAGAAGGUGCAGCAGCAGCCGCACAUCCCACCGGAGCUCCUAUACAAGCUCCUACAUGUACAGCGGCAGCAACAAGCGCCGAGUAGCGAAAUGGGGCCUGUGGGUCUUUCGAACGCUGAUAGAGAACUGCUACAGCGGCCUGAAGCCCAAGCUAUCAUACAUGGUCUAAAAGCCGGUGAGAUUACAGUUCAGCAUCUGAUGCAGCAGCUGGGUAACCCCGGUCUGCAAAGCAGGCACCGGGAAGUCUUGCUCACAAUACUCCGGCUGAACCAUCAGAGACAGCAAAUGGUCGGUUCCCCGCUUCCGAACGUGAAUCCUCAUCUCGGAGUCUCUCAUCAUCAGCCACUGAGGCUCUCGCCAGUGCCGCAGACAGCUUUUUGCAUGUCACCGAUGAUGGCUAGUCCCAACCCGCUCGGAACUCACCAACAAGGUCGUAUACCGUCCCCACGGGAAAUGAUCCACUCGCAGUCGCUGAUGCAGGGCGCGAUUCUCAAGAAGAAGUUGGAGGAACGCCAUCGACGUGAGAUGCAGCAGCAGCAGAUCAAGCAUCCCACACCCAUCUCGUUUACACCCACGUCGGUGUUACGUAAGAUGACAGCAGAGAAAGAGUCGGACGCGCCAAGCCCUAAGCAGUGGAGCCAGCCUCACAAGCUACCCCAAGGCAGGCCCAUUGUUAAGGGAAACCAAAGCGGUGGAGCGCCCAUGGGCUAUGCUCCUUCACCCAGUGAUUAUCACUACAUGAGCCAACAGCCAAUGAGUGGUGUACGUCAAUUCCCCCAUCAACAAUCGAGACAACCAGUUAAUAAUACGUUUAACAUGAACAUGAGCCGAGGAAUGUCAGGCGGUACCACGCUGCAUCAGCUUCUAGUGAAUUCGCACCAGAGGUCAUUGAACGAAGUGAACAGCGGUGGUGGUGACAACCAGCUAGCCAAGUGGUUUUCGCCGGAAUUACUUGCGCGUGCGUCCGAGGGCAAACUUCCAUCAGUGCACGUACCUAAUGCCCUCUCCUUAGAAGACCUUGAGCGACACCAUCACUCACCAGCGCCGCCGGUGCGCAACUGAGUCCGAUGACGCGAUAUGUAACUCACCUACCCUCCAUUUUGUUCUAUUUUUUAAAAUUUAUGCGGGUAGAACCGGCAUGACUGAUUUUUGACGGAAUUGGACAAUUUCGAAAGUGAAGAAUUCGGAAUACCGUUUACGGGAUAUUCUCAUCUUUUAAUUUUAAAAAUUUAAAUCACUCGUUGUGGCCGGAAUUUACAAGCCAGAAUUCGUGAAAAGUUGCAGUUACCAUUUACAAGCAAAAUAACAGCAAUAAAAUGUGUCUUAUAUUAUGAAUUUUACAAAGCAUAAAUCUAGCGAUGGUUUGGAUUUAAGCGGUCUCAAAAUUGCUAUUCAUAUUUAAAAACGAGACCUUAUCAGCUAUUAAUCGAGAAAUGGUAAUAAAAAAUUGGCCAGAUAUUGCACAGUCGACCAUUCACGUAUUGAUACGGUGAUUUCAGAACAGCUCAAAGAUGGAGAAUAAUUGCUGGUACAAUUAGUUUCUUUCCAGUUACUUUUUUUUUGUCAAAUAGGACUUUUUCUGUCAAACCAAAUGCUCGUUGAUAAAGUUUUGACAAUCGUGUGCUUUUGAGCGAGAUUCAUCGCAUUUUCAUAAAUUGUUACGAAAUUUUGUAAUGGCUUUUCAAUUAAAAAAAAUUGUUUUGUUCACACGAUUUUUAUUGGAUGAUAUUAAGAUUUUGGCAGAAAUAUUUCAAUUAUCAAACUUACUACUUGCGUUGUUUGACAAAUUAAAUUGUAUGAUGGCAUGAGAUGAUUUGGUAAUAAUACCUAAAAUCAUUAAUCCGUCGACAAAUAAUUUGACUAAAGAAUGUAUUUAUUGAUGCUUUUUGGUAAAGUGAAAGUCUCCGGAAUAUGAAAUGUUUAAGGUAACUCUUCCUAGUGUACUUUUUGAUAUAGCAUGCUACAUUUAAACGAACAAAGUUUUUUUUACAUUCGAGUACCGCUGACAAAUGCCGUUCAGCAAUUGGGCAAUUUAUGACUUCAAGUUAAUUUGUCUUUUAUUGCAUACGAAACUUGUAUUCGUCUGUAGUAGUGGUGCGUUGUCAAAAUAAAUGCGGCGCCAUUAACUGUUAUUUAUUUUAAUAUUUCCAAAAUGAAAAGGCGAAUUAUCCGUUUUAAAUACUGUAUCGAUUCCGACCAUACACCAAGAGCUAAACAUGAUUAGCACCGCUACGUGCAUGGUGUAGUCAGGCGGUAUUAUGUAAGCUUAGCUUUUGGUCCAUAGUAAGCUGACGAGUUGAGACCUGGGCCUGUCAAUUAUAUUUUUAUUUUGAUCUCCCGUCCAAACGUUUCAACUUCGGCAAUACACGUAAGGUAAAGAAAUAUCUAGUUAAUGUAUAGGCGAUUAGACGUAAAAGUUCCAGACGUAAUCUUUGACUAGCCGGUCAGUUGUAACAUGGGUUAUGUAAUUUAAAAUGUAAAAUAUUAUCUGGUAAUCUCCACACAUGCUCGACGCAGAUUAAAUUUGCACAUAAAACGAUCCUUAUAGCGUCAAAUCGCCUAUGCUCUGCCUUUAGCCCAAGCGCAGAUUUCUAUCAGUCUUAAAUUUUGAGAUUUCUGUCAAUCAUGUGUCCUUUGAUACUAUUUUUUAUUAAUUCACAUCUAUUACAUGAGGCUUUGGUUAAACCAAGAUAAAUUAAAGUAGGUCUUAGUAAUAAAUGGAAAUGUAUAUGUCUUAUCUUAUUGCAAAAAGUCAAUUUUGCGGUAACGUAAUUUUAGUCCAAUUAAGAGUCUAAAAUGUUUGACUGGCAUGUUUGCGUUGCGAGCAAGUUGACUUUUUAGAGAGCGGUAUUGAAAUAUUGAGAAAGGUUUAAGGCGCUCUGAAGUCGCUCAAUAACACAGAUUGUCAGCUUUAAAUUAUUAAAGAAAAAUUCAAAGUU